UGAUUCUCAUUCUCUGUCUUUUUGUUGUUCUGUCAGAAGUUGUUUUGCUUUAAUCGUGCUGUUGCACGUUUUCGCCACUAGAUGGCAUCAUAAGACCAGCUAUGAGUUCUGUAGCCAGUGACUAGGUCACGCGAGAAGAACGUAACUGAGAAGUGACAGUUGUGUUGUGAUCUUGAAGGCAGCGGUUACGCUGUCAGUUGUCUGUUUUGUCCUGAGGAAGAUUUGUAAAUAAAUAGCAGAGAACCCAUCGAAACUCAACACACACUUGAGGACAUUCUUUCAUUCAAGUGUGCAACAAAAUUUGGCGCCCAAACGUGGAGCGGAUCAACACUAUGAAGAAAGUGGUUGUCUGAGGGAAAAGUUUGAACGUACGAGAUGGAUCUGGAAAAGCUACAAGACCAGCUAACAGAGCUACUGUGCCCGCUAACUUUGGAGCAGCUAAAACAGGUCUGUACCCAAGCUAAAGUACCGUCAGACACAUCAAAGAGACAUGCGUUGAUCCGUAACAUAAACGAGACUGUGGACAAAGUGAUUGACAGUGAGGAUGAAAAUGCGGCAGAAUUGUUUGUGAGGGAGUUAAUAGCUACAGCUAAAACGUUGAGGCAAAGUGGAGCGAAAGGCGAUGGGGAAAGUGGCGCGAGCGACUGUGAGUUGCAGCGAUUACAGCGGCAGUAUGCCGAGAUGCAGAUACGCUUCCAGGAGUCAACACAAUUGAUAGAGGAAGAAAUGAAUCGGCUGAGAGGGAACGCAAACAAGACCACUAGCCUGCCCAUGACAACUAGCGCGCCCAUCGAUCCCCAACCUACUUUUCCCCGAGCGUCAGAAGUGGUCAUUAGACGUGAGUUCAGAAUUAGCGGCCAAAUAGGUGAGCUGGGACAGAAGGAUAAACUGUCAUACACCAGUCUAAUGCAUCAGAUUGACACGGGAAAACGUAAGGGCCACAGUGAUGCUGAGAUUGUCGAAGCGGUAGUGAAAGCUGCCUCUCCCGGAAUGAGUCUCAGAGAUAUGCUGGAAAGCAAGAGCACUUUGACACUUAGCCACUUAAAAACAAUUCUGAAAGCUCACUUCAAAGAAAACAGCACGACCGAUCUGUUUCAUAGACUCGUGAAUAUCACCCAAGAUUCUAAAGAAUCCCCUCAGAACUUUCUAUUUCGGGCAAUUGAACUCAAAGAAAGACUGAUGGCCGCUGCGUUUGAUUCUAGCGCUGACGUACAGUAUAGCCCCGACCUAAUUCAGCGAAAAUUCCUCAGGUCCCUUAGCACCGGGCUACUGAGCGAUAACAUCAAGCUGCAACUAAAAUGCUACAUGGAUGAUCAGAGCGUGACUGACGAGAUGCUGAUAGAGAAAAUGAACGAUGCGGCCGCUGUUGAUUUAGAGAGGGAACAGAAAAUGAAAAGGAGCCUCGCAGUCAGACCCGCCAGAGUAAACGAGCUACAGGCAGAGCCAGCUCUGGAUCAGUUGCAAGCAGACAGGGCCAAUGUCAAAAGCCAAAAAGUCACCACGGCAAAAAGUAACAUCGAGAUGGAACUGAUGGAUGCUGUCAAGCAACUGAGAGAGGAGGUAGCAGAGCUGAGGAAGAAUGUUCAUCAGUCACCACGGCCACCGAACCAGUUCCAACACCACCAGCAGUCACCACGAUCACCGAACCAGUUCAGACCCAGGACCAGACGGGCGUGCAGAGGAUGUCAGGAGAGAGGCAAUGAGGAGCAAUGUGACCACUGCUUCAAAUGCGGCCAGGCUGGACACCUCGCUCGAGACUGUAGGGGUCAGCGGAGCUACAGCGGUAACGGUGACACAGUGAACCUGUCUGGCCAGAGUGUAGGAAGUGCCAUCCAAGAACAGUUCGGUGAGUCCAGGGAGACGCAGGCGAUCCUGAGGGACUGCAUCCAACAGCUGGAAGAGAAGGUGCAGGCAGCAGAGGGACCAGGUGAGCGUCUUCCAGGGUCUGUAAACAUCAGCCACAUCUCUCCCCGACACCAGUCUCAGCUGCUGCGUCUCAUCGGAAAGAAGUGCAUGGUCAGCUGCUACUUCAACGGUGUGAAGACUGAAGCAUUAUGGGACACAGGGUCACAAGUUUGCCUCAUCAACGAAGCCUGGCGGAAGAAGAACAUCCCAAAGGUGCGGGUCCGUGACACUGUAGAGCUGCUAGGCCCCGGCGCUCUGGUGGGGAAAGCCGUCAACCAGACCGACAUCCCAUUUCGAGGGUGGGUGGAAGUGGAGUUCCAGCUCGAGCCAGCCCAAGCCCCGCACUUCAUGCUACAAGUCCCGAUGCUGGUGACCAGUGAGAAGGGUGCAGCUGAGGAGCCAAUCAUCGGGUACAAUGUCAUCGAGCAGCUGCUGAAGAGUGGGGUGGGCCACCCACAGGAGGUAGUCGCACAGGCGGUGAGCACAGCUUUCUCUUUUGACUGUAAAAAGGCUGAAAUGUUUGUGAAAAUUGUAAAAGCCAGUGACCCUGAGUGCAGUGAUGGUGUGGUGAGAAUGGGAAGGCAGAGAGAAGUGAUACCAGCUGGCCAAGUGAAAAGUGUGAAGUGUUCAGUGAGGACAGGGCCUCUGAUAGCUAGACAAGAAGCACUGUUUAUGCCUGACGAACAAGCCCCCUUGCCAGAUGGUCUUAAUAUGACAGAGAACAUGUUAACACUGAGUAAAGGGACAUACUCUCGCCUAGCCCUGCCUGUUGCUAAUGACACAUGCCAUGACAUCACUCUGAGCCCGCGCACAGUCCUAGGGCAAGUCCAGUUAGUCAAAGCUGUGUAUCCUGCAGAAGCCAAGCCUGUCGUCGCCCCCCCAGCCUCUCCUGUGGUGCCCCCUACAGUCAUCGAUGAGGAACUUCAACCUGCUGAAAAGGAGCUGGAUGACAAAGACAGGUAUGAUCCACCGAUUGACCUCUCUCACCUCCCCUUUGUACAGCAGCAAAAAGUGAAGCAGAUGUUGAGGGAAGAGUGUCAAGCAUUCGCAAGAGAUGAAAAUGAUGCGGGCUGUAUCCCUUCUCUGCAGCUCAAAAUCAGACUCACUGACCCAACACCUGUACGCCGUACGUAUGUGUCUGUUCCUAAACCCCUACACAGAGACGUCAAGCAGUACUUAGAAGAUCUCCUGAACAGGGGCUGGAUUCAGAAAUCACGAUCGCACUACUCGUCACCCAUUGUCUGUGUGCGGAAGAAAGAUGGUACUCUCCGUCUCUGCUGUGAUUAUAGGGAGCUCAACCAAAAGUCACUGCCUGAUCGCCAUCCCAUCCCACGCAUUCAAGACAUGCUAGACAGCUUACACGGCAGUGCCUGGUUUUCAGUGCUAGACCAAGGCAAAGCGUAUCACCAGGGCUUUAUGGAAGAGAGUAGUAGGCCCCUCACUGCCUUUAUAACACCCUGGGGACUCUAUGAGUGGGUAAGAAUUCCCUUCGGCUUGUCUAGUGCCCCCUCUGAAUUCCAACGCAGCAUGGAGGAAUGCCUGGUUGGCCUGCGAGAUGAGGUAUGUGAGCCCUACUUAGAUGACAACUUGUGUCACAGUAAAACAUUUGAUAACCACCUGAAUGAUGUUAGGAAAGUGCUUCGACGGUAUCAGCAGCAUGGGGUGAAACUGACUGCCAAGAAGUGUGAGCUGUUCAAGAACAAGGUCAGAUUUCUGGGGAAGAUCGUGACAAAAGAAGGCUACACGAUGGAUCCAGCAGAGGUGGCCCCCGUGCAAGAUAUGAAAGAACGAAAACCAGCUACAGUGGGUGAGUUGAGAAAGCUACUUGGCUUCAUCUCAUACUACCGAUCAUACAUCCCAAACUUCUCUCGCAUUGCCAAGCCUCUGUAUGCCCUGUUGUGCUCUGACGUGUCAAGCCAGGACGCCACAGUGGCUGAUCACAAGAAGAGAAAAGCAGUGUCACAAAAGAAAAAGCGAACCCAGGUGCCCUCCCAUCAGCGAAUCAAGUGGACAGAGGAGCAUAGUGCAGUACUGUGUCAGCUGAUAGAUCACCUGUCAAGCCCCCCUGUACUGGGCUACCCCAACUUUGAAGAGCCGUUCGUCCUACACUGUGACGCUUCACAAGAAGGACUCGGGGCAGUGCUUUAUCAAAGACAGGAAGGAAAGAUGAAGGUCAUUGCUUAUGGCUCCCGCACUCUCUCUGCUGCAGAGAAAAAUUACCAUCUCCACUCUGGUAAGCUAGAAUUUUUAGCAAUGAAAUGGGCCAUCUGUGAGCGAUUUAGAGAUUAUUUGUAUUAUACUCCAAACUUUGUAGUGUAUACUGAUAAUAAUCCUCUAACAUAUGUACUUACCACUGCUAAACUGAAUGCAACACUGCUGAGAUUGGUGGCCGAG